AUUUGCUCCAGGAAAGGCGAGCUCUCGCCUUCCCGGCGCGACGACAUGGGCAACUUCUGUGGCUGCGCCGGAAGGGGGAGCUGUCCUUCACCCUUUAAGAGAAAAAAAGAAAAGCCAGGUACAAGAAUCCAUAAACCGAGUAUACAGCAGCCAGAGAGCAAAAAGGGCUUUGAUGUUGCUCCAGUUUAUGAUGAUGUCUCAGACUUCCCAGUCUAUGCCACUGUGAGCAAGCCCAAGUACAUGAAGCGCGAUGACACCAGUGUGCAUUACGCAGACAUUCAAGUCUUCAGCAAGAUCCGGGAGCGUUCAGCUGAAGAGGUGAAAAACCUCCAUUCCCAGAAUGCCACAGAAUAUGCCACCCUCAACUUUCCCCGAGCCACACUGAAGUACGACAGCAAGAACGGGACCCUGGUGUAAGACCUGGAAGCCCUUGGACAACAGAAGAAUGUUACAGACUGAGAUGCUGUGGAUUUCAUGCCUGAUGUCAGGAGCUGGGCUCUCUUGGUCUGCAAACUUUUAGAGAGCCUUCGUCUUUCAGCUGCUUCCGGUUGAGAAAUUUUGUUGUAAUGGGAGCAAAACCUUUGCCUUGGGUGUGCCAAGAAAAGGACCGUUUGGGGCAUGAUAACAAGAGAUGCAUCUGAGGAAAAUGGAAUCUCUCCUGUGUGUCCUUUUACAAUAUGAAGAUAUCAUGGGGGAAACAAGCCACGUGAUGAAGUGGGCACAACAGGAAACUUGGAGUAAAGAAUAUAGACAUUUGUGAGAUUUUUUCUUCUUCUCCAAAAUCCAUAGUUGCUGGAUUUCAUUACCAUGUUAAUGAUAUAUGCCAGUUGAAAUGACAGCUUAAGGAAAUAAUGUGAGAGUGAUUGAAUGUUAAAAAGUAAACAUUCACUAACGUAAUCUAAAAUGUUAAGGCAAGAUAUUGCAGGACAAACUUCGUUUGAGUUGCCUUUAUCUCAACCAUAAAAUCCCAUUCCCAUCAAGGGAGUUAUUCUUGCAAGGAAGGGAUGCAGUGUCAAAUUUGUUAGACUCUUCAGGGCUCAUCUCCUCCUGCGUGGAAUAUAUUGGUACAAAUCCACCUUGCCCAAUGUUAGGAGUGGACAAGAUCUUUGGCACCUUAGUACAUUUUCUGUGAUAUAAGCAUGUAUGUGUAGAGAGAAUAAAUGGAAACUGUGGAGUUGUUUGGGCAGUGUCAACAUAGGGCUGAUAUACAAAAUAGUUUUUGAGGCAGAAAGGUCACCGCAAGGUGGCUUUCCCACCUGGUUUUCAUGCAGUUAGGUAGGUUGUCUUGUCAUUAUGAGGUAAAAUUGCAGGUUUCCACAUCCUAAAAUUAGCUUAUUCUCUAGUACAGGUAAGGGACGGAAGGUCUGACAAGGCUUCUGGUUUUUUAGUGGACACUUGCAAAGUGGACACAUCAUUUCAGGGAAAGUGGUGGGAGGAGACUUUGGCAGGAAGCACAGAAGUAACCUUGCAACUGUUUACCUUUCUGGGGAAUGUAGGAAGCUGCCUUAGUGAGUCAGACCUCUGGUCAAUCUCCUCCAGUAUUGUUGCCACUGACUGGCACUUCAGGGCUUCAGACAGGAUUUUUGCCUAACCCUUCCUGGAGAAGCCGGAGAUUAAACCUGGGUCCUUAUAUGCAAAGCAAGUGCACUACCUCUGAACUACAGCCCCUGUUCUGGAAUAUUUAACAGUGAGAUAACUUGCACAUUAGACUUACUUUCUAAAAAAUGAUCGUCAUAAUUGGCAUACGCUUCUCUUUGACACAGUAAAAGCCUGCAGUACAGAGUGGAGGUGUGGGAACCAUUAGCAUCAUAAGGCACCUGCUGAGGCCCACAACCAUGCAGGGGACUCACUGUCUACUCCUGGAGCUUUCUGGUCCUACUGUUGCUCUCCACUGUCACCAUCAUCGCCUGUUCUCCUGCCCUACCUGAGCAUACAAGCAGCACAGUAGCAAGAAUGAGGACAUGCAGCAUCACCUGUCCUGAUCCACCACAGAUCCCACUACCACAGGGUGGCAGUGGUGAGACAGUGAGAGGCAAAGCUGUGAGUUGGAGCUGAACUGAAGCAGGAACAUGGUCAGGACCCUGGACAGGUGCUGAUCAAGAGGCCAGUGGCUGGUUUCAGCAUCACUGUUAGCAAGCCUGAAACUGCAUCAAGAAUUCAAAUUACCUCAGGACUGGCCUGGAGCAACUGCCAGGGCUUUAUGAUAUGACCAAGAGAGUCAGUCUCGAAGCUGCACCGCCUCCGAGUGCUACAUCUGAUCAGAUUAAAGGGCCAGUGCCUUUUUAUGCCUUUGUUGGCUUUUUGUAGCGCAAGGGUGGGCAACAUUUGGCCCUUCAGGUGUUUCUACUGAUAACCCUCUUUGGCUCUAGCCAGCAAGUUGCCCAUCCCUGUUUUAGGCCCAAAACAGCUGGAGGCCUUCAAGUUGCCCAUCUCUGUUUUAGGGGUUGGCAUUUGGAGUAGUGGCAUAUUAGGCAGGGAAUGUUCCUCUGGUCCUUGCUGCUCUACAGAGGAGAUUGAUGUCCACUCCUUGGAGUUUGAUGGUAGUGAUACCUCCCUGGGGCUCAGGGAAAGAUGCAGGUUUUAGGGUGAGGACUCUGAUUCAGGAAGGCCUGGAGAGUGAUUCAGUCUCCUCCUUGGAGCUACUACUACUGUAGGACUCUACCUUCGAAGGAUCUUGGUUUGGGAUCAUGACAUCACCCUCCACUUACCUUGUACUCUCCCUCUGGGCAGUUAUGUGGAUUGGGCACAGUGCGGGCAAGCAAAUGGAUUCCUGCAUUGAGCAGGGGGUUGGACUCGAUGGCCUUGUAGGCCCCUUCCAACUCUGCUAUUCUAUGAUUCUAUGAAAUGAGCAGUGGUGGCAGUGGUGAAGAGGAGCUGGGCCCACUCAAGGGGGGCUCCAAACCAUGGAGCCAACAUUGGCCCAGACCGUGGUUGGGUCAUCCACAAACUGAUGUCUUUCAAAAAGAAAUCCCCUCACCCCAGACAAUGCCUCCUCCUUGCCACAUGUUGCUAACUUCACCAGCCCUAGAGACUGGUUAGUCUUUACGAUGGAUGAAAUCUCCUAGAAAAAGAUUUGGGGUAUAGAAUAGCAAUCCAUGUAAACAAGGCACCUGCACACUGUUUCAUUCUGGUCUUGGCUACACACUGUUGUAGGACUGCAUUAUGUUGUCACAAAUAAAUUGGUUCUUCCAUGCCUGGUGAAACUAGAAAUGGGACAUGGGACAUUUGUUUUCCAGCCAUGUCAUUUGAUGCAACUGGAUAAAUAGGGCCUUGGGCUUUUUUAUAUUCUGCACUUGAACUAACAGGAAUAAAAGUCGUCCUUGAAUGAGCUACAGAAAACCAGGGCUUGUAUUUUAUUUCCAGUUGCCCAGGGGAACUCUAAGCUUGCAGAUGGAUGUAGUAUUACAUGCUCGAUUUUAGAGGUACAAUGUAUUUAACAGAUAAUCAAAUGUUCUGCAGGGGAAGGGAAAUAACACAGCAGUUCUGCCUGUUCAUUAGGCACUAAAUAAAUAAAAUGUGAACAUUUAACAUGUUUUGAAACAAUUUACCUAGAGAUCUCAUUUUUAUUAUUUGCACUGAAUUUUAUAGCUCAUGCAGGUAAUACUUCUGGGUUUCCUGUACCUAUUUAUUUCUAGAACCAGAAUGAGGUCAGACCAGAAAUUGGUGAUAUUUGGUUCCUAAUCUGCUUUUGUUUGGGUUAUGAGCCAGAAUCCUCCUGACAAUCUCAAAUUUCACUUUUAAGAGACUGUACUUCUAGUCCUCAAGGUAGCAGAAGGAAUACAUAAACAUUCAGAAACCAAGAAGGAAAAACAUGGAGGAUUUCACUUUCUGGAUUUUGAAAGUUGGGAUUCACAAUAAUAUGCCUUUAGACACUUUUGCUUAAUGAUGCAGCUGGUGAGAAGAUAUUUCAUUGGUUCUUAAGUGAAACUAAAAUGCUACUGAAGGUUGAAAACUGGAGAAAUUUUAGCAUGAAAAGAGUUUCCCCAGUUUACAAUAAACUGGUCAAUAUGAUUCACUAUUUCUUUGCUUUUCAACAGUAUUAUAUCUUCUUGGUGAUGAAUCAUGGUUGUAGCUGGAGUUAAUUGACCUGCAUUGCCAUCAAAGAUUGAGAAAUAGAUCAUACCUGUUAGUGGAGUCCUUGAACAAAGUAUAAUAACCAAAUGUAGUGCCAUGUGUAUUUAAACUAAUGUUUAUUUUCUGGCAUUGAACUGUAAAAGGAUCUCAGCUGCUGAUCAUCUUCAAAACAUUUUGAAACCUUUUUCCAUUUUGGAAAUUGCACAAAUGGUAUCACAGAAGCAGCGCAAGAUGUUCCUUACUUGAGAAUUAGCACCAUUUAAAUCAUGUUAAUUAUAUGUUAAUGUAAACUUUCAGCUCAGCUUUCACGUAGCUCAGGAAAUGUGACCUUGAUGUCAUGGAGGGUCGUAAUGCAUCCCUCCAUCAAAUGAUCCUUCAAUAUGAGGUCCUUCAAUGGAUUAAUUUUAGCUGACUAGCCUUAUUAAUACUUAUAUAUGGCCUCUAAAAUGACUCAAAGCACACCAACAAAGGUAGAUUACAUGUUUUUGGUACUCUAAGCUCUAUGAUGAAUGUAUGUAGUUAAAAUGCUUUUUCUGGAAAUCCAGAAAGUCUUUCUUUCUUUUGUCCCUGUCAUUAUUGUUCAUGUUUACUUUCAUGCAUGCAUUGAAUAAAAGUUGAACUUCCUGGGUCAUAAAAUGGGCCUCAUGACAUUGAGGUACAUUGUAGCAGUUAUGGACUGGCUUCUACUGGCAAAAUGUAGAACUGAGCAGUUUGUUACUCUGUUAAAUAUUAUAUGAAGGAAAGCUAUUCCUGUUUGUUUUCAGAAACUGUAAAACUGAAAAGCAGAGAAAUCUGUACAUAUCUGGAACCAUUCUUAUUUUAUUAUAGUGAUUUGUAUAAUGAAAAGUAUAAUCAAAUUCAAAGAGUUAUAGAAAUGGAAAAUUUUGCAAAAGUAUCUCUGCGAAAAAAUGUCUCUGAAAGGGAUUUUUUUCUCCCUCUGCAUUAUAUUAAUUAUACAUGAAAUUAUUGGAAAUAGUUCAUACAAUAUU